AUGGCAUCAAGAAUAUUCCUAUAUGUUUACGCUAUUCAAUGAAACAAUCCCUUCAUUAUUAUCUGAAAUUUUGAUGAGACCUAAAAUUGAUUCGGAACAGACUGUCAAAUCCGUCAAUCCCUGCCAUUGAACCUUGCUUGCCAUGGUCGUCUACGUCCUCCACGGAUUUCGCUGGCCCCGAGUGGGCACAUUGAAUGCGCCGGGAAUCUGUGCGCACAUCGUUUCUUACAACCUCCUCGACGCAGCGGCCGAAUAUCUCCAAGAGCCAGCGACGUGUCGUGCCAUUCUCCAAUCUUUCAGGCGCAUCGAUCCCAACAUUCCGUAUCACCUGCCGGACUUGCGUAUCAUAGAGCAAUACGAUCCCGACGACAUUGGUGAUACUGCGUUGAGACAACCAUACGCAUUUGUUGCUGCUAAGGUGAUUACUAUGCCGGACGAAGGACGACCCGGCCAAAUGCUGAGUUUGAAUAUCGGCGAGAUUAUCGAGAAGGGACCCGAGCUUUCUCCUGGGGGGCCGGAGGCAUUGAGGAGGUUAAGGGACUUUUUGGCGCCGGAAGAGAAUAUCGGGUGGUGGGUAGUAUAUAAUGGGGAUCCGGAGAGAGCGUUCCCGAAGUCUGAUGAAGGCGAUAGUGCAACCGAGGAUGAUAGUGUAGAGCAAGAAGAUAGCGAAAGGGAUGAUGAAUCUAAAGAAGAAACUAGAUCAUGAAAUAGUAUCAUCCUGCGAAAGAGAAAUGUGCACGGAGUAGAACAGUAUAAUUAAAUCUUCGGCAUUCCAUUUGGUCUAUUGACGUUUGAUACAAUUUCAAUUUCCAUUCGCGGCGC